AUGCAGGAGAGUAGCCGUGAGGUUGUGGACCGACUCGCAGCGCUGGAGACGCGGGUGGGCGGCCAGUCGCGCGACGGACAAGGCCGUAUCAUUCCGUCGAUGCUGGAUACGUUGACCAAUGCUGUGGCAUCGAUGACGGCCGAGGUGGACGACAUGGUGGCGGGAGUGGGUCAUGAGGUGCUGGCAGAGGUGGUGGCCAAGUCGGAAGCAGCUGAGGCUGCUGGUCUUCUCGCUCCGGCCUAUCGUCCUCCAGGUGCUCCGGACAAGCUCAAAAUCUCACCGGCGGCAAGGCUGCUGGCGACAGAGACAAAGAUCGCCCUUGUGGAGGCUGCAGAGCCGUUCAUCAACUCGCUCUCGUCGGCUUUGGACGAGCUGGCUGGCAGCAAGCAUGUGCUGGACUCGGUGCACAUUGCCGAUCUCCCGCGUCAUGCUCCAGAGCUCGCUCGGCUGGAGGAGCUUCAUCUAGAUGCCUCCCUGCAGGCCUCCGGGCUGGACUCGGCGACCCAGGCUACGCUUCAAGAGUACAACGAGGUCAUGCGGCUGCUCUCGCUCAAGUUUGUCUCGUGGGAUGCCACUCUCCGCGCCCUCGAUCAUCAACUCGCUGUCGGAUCUGUCGGAUGA